UGUCAACUCACAUUAUUUUCUAAUUUCCACUCCUCCGAACCCCUAAACUCCAUUCCCAAUUUUUCUUUUCUUGGUUUUUCCUGUGGUGUUACUGCGUUGGUAGUCGUGACCUGUGGAUUAAAAGAAAGUAAAAUGAGUAGUGAUCUAUCCGAAACAACGUCUGAAGAAAGUUGUUCCCAGAUGUCUGAAAGAGAGAUUAAUUGCGAUUCAAACGCACAAUUCCCUUCACCAGACCAUGUUUUUACAGAGACACCGGCAUAUAUUACUUGCAAUUUAAUGGCUUCCCAAACCUAUCCGAUGUCUCAGUCAUCCAGUGAAGAAAAUAUAAAAUCAGAUGCUACAGCACAGACAGACAUUACCUUUCCUAAGAAUCUUCCGGAAUCAGUUCAAAAAAUUCUAAAUACAUAUUCUAUAUGUUCAGAGCAAAAGUCUAAGACAAAGUUGCGUUCUACCGGAGAGGAAGUGGAUAAUUCUGAUAAUCCUGAAUGUGUGCAACAGCAAAAUUACGACUAUGAUUUGCCAUCGCCGCCAUAUUCCGAUUUCGAUUGCCAACUGGUAGAGCCUCAGGAUUAUGUGCCGGAGGAUCCAAACAUGUAUGCUAUUGAGCAUGAAGCCAAUUCAAACAAUGAAAUCUAAAGAAGUUAUCAAUUUGUACUAGUUUUUAAUGCCUUCACACAUAAUAUUGUGUCUGUUUCUGUUUUUUUUUCUUGUUCUGUUUUGCCAUAAGAUAACGUAGAGGAUGACAAUAUGUGUUACAACAAUCAAACCCAAUGUUACAUGAUUGCGGAUAUUUUUUUUUUUUUCAUUUAAAUGUAGUAGACUACAGGGGUAAAAGUACAAUUUCUCCUUUUCUAAUACACCUUUUUCUAUUAAACAUAACAAAGUCUUUCAUACAAAAUAGUUAAUACAUAAUACAUAUUUUAUAGG